UUUAACACAGAAUAUGUAGGUAUAUAUAUUAUGCUGCAAGUUUAUAUGUAUUUUUUUUUCAAAUUUGCAAAUUACCUUACACCAAUUGCAAAUUAUUCGCAGUCCACCGUGGAAGUUCAAACGAGUAAUUCUUUAAUUUUGCGAUAUGAAAUAUCUAGAAAUGGAAAAUCCAAAUUCGAUUCCUCUCGUUAAGGAUUUACCAUUCGGCAUGCCUGAAUAAUUUACCAUUCGGGGCUACUUCGUAUGGAGAAUUAACGAACGAUAAGUUUCUAUUUCAAGCGUUAUCGAUCGCUGCGGAGGAAAGAGAGCCCGUGCGCGAGUCGCGUGGAGAAUCAACAGCUCGCGUAUCCCUUGGCAACUUGGAAUUAAAGAGCCCGUCAAGCGCAGAGACAACCGUUGAGCAGUAAUUGAACGUGAUUGGCAUGUGCCGGCAGAUCCAACAAAUCCGGUUCGAUUGCUACUCAACUGCCGUUCAACUGUUGUCUCCGCCGAACGCAGGGACCGACCCGACGGGACGUGAACCGCGUGCCUUUAGCGACGUCACAAUCCGCGCUCUCCGCUCUCGUCAUUAUGGGCAACGAGGAGGUGGAUCUAAUUAGCGCAGCGAAACCCGAGAAAAAAACUCUGCUCGAAAGGUACAACAUACCGGUCAACAAUCUCUCAUACGAAUUCAUCUCGGAGUGCUCCGACGCGAGGACGUUGGAGCGAAUCGUCCUCGUCCUGCGUUCUGGCGAAGAAGGAGUAUAUCCAGAUUUGACGAAGCACGCGGAGGAGCGUCUCGCCAGGAUCAAGCCGACAAGCGCUAUUUUGAGGAAGGCGGAGCCAGUUUUGAGGCGAAACAUGCUGAGCCUCAACAAAUUACGGGAAAUCGACAACGAGAUCGACAAUUGGACGUGCGAGAUGCGAUCUCGCGAAAAGAACAUGGACGAGGAAAAAGCCAUCCUCGUCGAUGACUUUUCUUCGCAGCCGGACAUUCGGAAGGCUAAGCCGAACACGAAGACGGGGAUCAACGAGAAGAAGCGCGUUAAGCCCGAACGUAUAUCCUCGUGCGAUUACGCGGCUUGGGAUAAAUACGACGCCGACACGGAAAUAAACAGGAUAGACUUGCAGGACGAGCAGCGACAGGCCGAAAUGAAGAGAAUCCAGGAACGGCGUAAGGAGCUGGACAAAACGAGCAAGACGGCGCAUAAAAUGGCAGUCGAUAAACGUUCGUUAACCGGCACGGAAUUGGACGUGAUGGCGAUGCAAGAGAGGGAAAAGGGAAACGAAGCCUUCAGAGUGACCGAUUAUGAAGAGGCACUUCGACAUUACAACGUUAGCAUCGAGAUGGACUCGAAUGUAAUGGCUUACAACAAUCGCGCUAUGACAUAUAUAAAGCUGCAGCGUUAUGAGGACGCGCUCAACGACUGCAACAUGGUAAUUAGCAUGGAUUACACAAAUGUCAAAGCGCUUCUUCGCCGAGCAUUAUCCCUGGAAUAUCUCGAGAAGCCGCAACAGGCUCUGGCCGAUUACGAGGCUGCUCUGAUACUGGAGCCGAGUAAUAAAACUGCGAUAUCAGGCGUGAACAAGCUGAGGAAGCCGAGUGAAUCGAGGAAAACAAGAAUGAAGAUAGAGGAAGAGAACAUCAGCGACGGCGAGGACAAGGCCGAGCCGAUAAAAUCGAAGGAAACUGUGGAAACGAAGAGCGCCGCGCGGCCGAAACAGCGUGUUAACAGCAAUAUAUGUUACUGCGACCGAGCGCCGGGCUCGUCGCGAAAUGUCGCGACGAAGCCGCACAUAAAGGCGAGUUACUGCGUGGAAAGCAGCGAGAGCAGCAAAGCAGCAAGCGCCGCGGCGAAUAAAAGCAACGCGAUGGCAACGCGCGCGAGCGGCGAUAAAUUAUCACCUGUUGCGAAGGAUCCUGACCGCGCGGAUAAAACGUCGAAAACGCGAGACGCCGGGGACAAGGGCGACGACGUUUUCACGAUUCGUCGCGAUUCGCUGCCCAGACCGCGUGCCGUAAGAGACAGCCUGCAGAAGUCCAUUUUUUCGUGCCUGUCGUCGCCCCGAAAGGGGAAAUCGUCGGUCAUCAUUGAGGAGCUUCCGAGCGACGGAACAUGCGACAAACCGAGAAAACGUCGCGAUACCGACAAAGCGACGGUGGAGACGAAGAGAGUAACUGAAGGCCCACGAGAAGAGAAAGAUUCGCCAACAAGGGAAUUGCGCGCAGAUAAAAAUAAAGAAUCAAUUCCGCCUGUGAAAGAAAGCAAGGCUAAAGAUAAUUUAACGCGCAGUAAGUCUCAGAUGACCAACGAGAGUCGGAAGGAAAGUGAUAAAUUUGAGAUGAACGUUCAGAAACUGGAGAACGUCGAAUCGCCUUACGAAUUCCUACGUUUGUGGCAAUCCUUGAAGGACGACGCUAAUUUGAUGUUACACGCGAAGCUUUUGCGAUCUAUAGCACACGAGGACGUGAAUAAGUUUAUAGGUAAUAAAUUGGAUGGAGCAAUGCUUAGUCUCAUUCUGCGUUGCUUGGAACAACAAUUCUGCACACCGAACGACACAGAUUUGCUUGCGGAUCUACUGUAUUCAUUAAGCCAACUGAGUCGAUUUUCCAUCGUUCGCAUGUUUAUGGAUUCCAAAGAUAAAAAAGUACUGAACAAUAUAUUGCGUUUCUUGGAAAAGGAGGAUUCACCAAAAGUGUUGCAGUUACGUCAAAUUUACAUUACUUGAAGAUCGUCUCAGUAAACACAACGUUAG